UUCAAGCACUCCUUAAUGGAGCUGUCAGAAUUAGGGUUUCCAUACUGGAGAGGUCGGCGAAGAUUCGCUCCGCAAGAUUCCUUCUUCGUCUCUGGUAACGUAGAGCGCGAGCUCCUCGCCAAGCAGGUUGCCCUAGAUCUUACAGAAGAUGAAAUGUAUCAAAUUCAAAAAAUAGAAGAUUCAGGCAGCUUUGUGCAUUGUCCUAUUGUUAGCUGUGGUGCCCGUUUGAGUUGUUUGGAGGACUUUGAAGAUCAUUAUCAUGCUAGACAUAUGUCGGCUUGUGCAAUUUGCUCAAGGGUGUACCCAACUUCAAGGUUACUUAGCAUACAUGUUUCUGAAGUCCAUGAUUCUUUCUUUGCAGCAAAAGUUGCUCGUGGUUUCCCAAUGUACGAAUGCUUGGUGGAAGGAUGUGGAGCAAAGCUGAAAAGCUACAAAAGCCGGAAGCAACAUUUAAUACACAAGCACAAAUUCCCUUCCUCAUUUGAGUUCAAAAAGGCGAAGCCAUCCAAACACCGACGCGAAAUAAACCAACAUAAGCAACAUGACCAAACGAAGGAGGAGGCCAUGGAGGGCGGAGCAUCUUUCUUGGUUCAACAAAACGAGGACGAAAAGGUGUCUCAUUAUGAAAGAAUGGAAGUAGAGGAAAUGGAUGAACUUGUUUCCGCUGUGUCGAAGCUAAGGACGUCUGAUUGCUCUACUCCUUCGAGUGUAAGCUUCGGUCGCCGUCAUAAUCGUGCCUUCACAUUCCUCCCACGCUCUCUCCGGCAGAAUAUAAAACAUCGAUCAGGUGCCAUGGAAUAGUUUGCACAUUGUCGAUGUCUACAUUGGUGUGCAAUUUCCUGGAUAUACUUGCAAUUUUAUCAUUUUGCUUGCUUCUGCAAAUUCAUGUGUUGUGGGCAUCUACUUUGGUUGAUGAUAAAGAAAUGUUCGUAUAAUCUCUGUUUAAAGUGGAAUGCAUAGGAUUGUUUUAAGGGAGGGAGAUUUACAUCAUGCCACUCAAUUCUUAUGUAUUUAUGUAUUUACAGAUCUAACACCUAAACAUCAAUUUUGACAUAUCUGACAGUUACCAAUGCAUGAACAGGUGUAUUUCACGUUUUAAAAGUUAAAAUAAUAGUAUUUUUAUGUGAUGUGAAAGAUUUGGGUGGUAUAAGUAUAAAAAAUAAAGUUUAGGUGUAAGAUAUGUAAAUACGUAGGAAUUGAGUGGUAUGUAUUUAAAUGCCCCUCUAAGAAAUUGAGCACAUUCCAGUGUAAGAUGCAUCAAAAUAUUCUUUCACUUUUUUCAAAAAUAUUUGUAAUCUAAUUGAGUGCUUACCUAAAAAGCAUUGCAGUAGUUUGUAAUUUGAUUUACUUUUAUCAAAUUUGCAUUUUUUCCCAUAAUUGCCUCAUACAAGAUAU